AUGCACGGAACACCUCAAGAAUGUGCGGGUAAUGUCUUGAGAGGCCAAUUAGUCUUGGAAGUUAGUGAACCAACAAAAAUAAAAUCAAUUAAAUUGUCUUUUCAAGGAAAGUCAAAAAUUACGUGGCCUGGAGUUCAAAAUGAAGAAAAAGUUCUGUUCGAACACGACUGGGUAUUCCUUCAUCCAAAAAAGUAUCACAUUCUCGAACCUGGUAAUUAUCAAUGGGGUUUUGAACUUAUUUUACCUGGUUCUUUACCUGAAACAGUUGAAGGCUGUGAACAUGGUUCCAUCCAAUACAGACUGAAAGCUGUCGCUGAACGACAUUCUUUUGCUUUAAAUUUGAGCACUCAAAAGAAAAUAACACUUCAUCGCUGUUCAUUCUUAAACACUGAAGAUGCAUUGGAUACUGUAGUGGCAAAUACUUGGGCGAAUAGAGUUAUUUACGAUAUUUCUGUUGAUUUGAAAACAUUUACAUUAGGUGACGAAAUCUCACUUUCAGUCAAUCUUGAGCUUUUAGGCCGAGAUUUAAGAAUUCAUGAAUAUAAAUGCGCAUUCAAUGAAUGUGUUACCUACACAGUUGGAUCCAAUAAAAGAUCCUCGGCAAAAACUCUUAAAAGUGUUCGAGGUGUUGAUUUUCACCGAGAUGGUGGAAUAUGGUCAGAUUCAUUAAAACUAAGAAUUCCUAAUACUUGUCUCUAUGAUUCAAACAAUCAUAUUAUUCAAAUAUCUCAUCAAUUAAAAUUAAGUAUAAUUUUUAUAACCGAUGAUAACCGCUUUAUUGAACUACGGGCUACAUUACCAGUCACAGUUACAUUGAAUACUGAUGAUAUGGAAUUACCUCCUUAUCGAGAAUAUAUACCUUAUAAGACUUAUUCAUGUGAUAUCUAUGAUAACUUGGAAAAUAUCAACUUUUCAUUACCUUCUUAUGAUAGUGUUAUUUCUAAUACACCUGCUUCUAGCAUGGAUUUAUCAGCACCUCCAAUAUACGUUAUGUAA